AUGUCGGAAUCAGAGGGCAAACAUACGGCUGAUGCCGCAAAUACUGAGACAUCAUAUGAUGGCCCAAUUAAGCCGAAAUGGAACCGCUCGCCAAUUUACAAUGCAACCAUCCUCGGCCUCUGCAGUUUUGCCGCCCCGGGUCUCUGGGGCGCAAUGAACUCCCUCGGCGCGGGUGGUGCUCAGAAGCCCUAUCUCGUCAACACCGGCAACGCCCUAACCUUCUGCCUCAUGAUCAUCUCAUGCUGGUUCACCAGCGGCAUUGUCAAGUACGUCGGUAUUAAAGGCGCUCUCGUUAUCGGAACGAUCGGCUUUGCUCCCUACAGUGCGGGUCUCUAUCUAAAUAACCGCUAUGGCGUUGAGUGGCUUGUUAUCUUCGGCGCAGCAUGCUGUGGUGUCUCAGCGGGAAUCUUUUGGGCGGCUGAGGCGGCUAUUGCGAUUGGAUACCCGGAACCGAGAAAUAGAGGACGCUUGGUGGCGUACUGGCUUUCGUUCACGAGACUGGGACAGAUUUUGGGUGGCGCGAUUAACCUUGGUCUUAAUGCGGAUCGCAGUGAGGCGGGCAAAGUGUCGUACAAGGUCUAUCUCAUCUUCAUCGCUCUUCAGGCGCUAGGACCAUUUGUCGCGUUCCUUCUCAACAAGCCCUCGCAAGUCCAGCGCGCCGAUGGGAAGAAAGUCGAUAUGAGCAUCCUCGACCAUCCUUGGAAAGAGUUCAAGGCCACAACACGAACGUUCCUCAAGAAAGAGUUCCUGCUGCUCAUCUUCUGGAUCGGUCAAGGAGUCUACUCAGAGUCGGUCUUCUUCACGUACAUCGCUCUUUGGUUCAGCGUGCGAGCUCGAGCUCUCGGUUCUUUCGUCUCUGGUAUCGUUGCGGUCAUUGCGGGAAAUCUUCUGGGUGUCUGGCUUGAUCAGAACCAAAUCGCCCUCAAGAAGCGCGCAAGGUGGGCUUACGCUGUCAUCAUGACCCUCCAAGGAGGAUGGUGGAUCUGGCUCACCAUCAACGUCACCAAGUUCAAGCGCGAAGGACCCAUCUACGACUGGAGUGAUCCUGGCUUCGGUGCCGCAUUCGGCGUUUUCGUCUUCCUUGUCACUGGAUUCCAGCUCAACUACAACUUUGCUUUCUUCAUCAUCGGUCAGCUCUCGAGCAAUCCGCAAGAGACUGUGCGACUAUCUGCGUUGUUGAGAGGUACGGAGUCGGCAUGGCAGGCGCUCAGCUAUGGUCUCAAUGCUCUUCCGAUCAUGGCAACUGUGGGGAGCACGUAUAUGAACUUUGGGAUUUGGGCGGUCGCUAUCUUUCCAGCCUGGCUGGUAAUCCGGCAGCUGGGUACGGGCGAGGGACCAGGAAACAGUGACACGGACGAGACGGUUGUAGUUGAGAAGGCGUAG